AUGGCCUUCCUGCACGCGCAUUUGGGUGAGUGUAUGAAGUUCGAACUGGAAUUAUUUUUCCUACCAUCAACGGAGACGUCUAUUGAGGCUGGUCAAUGGGUACACUACAAGCCCGUAUCAUCUCUAACCGAUGAUUCCCCGAUUGAAUUUGUUGUACCUGGAAACGGCGAUGAGUACAUCGACUUGGCACACACUAUGCUUAGCGUACGAGUGAAGUUACAGCCAUCGGCUCCGGUCACCCCAGCAGGCGAAGGCAACGCACCCACUCCGCACGCCACUCCGGUAAAUAAUCUGCUCCACUCAAUGUUCAAUCAAGUCGAUAUAUUCUUCAAUCAAAAACUAGUCUCCACAGCCAACAACUCUUAUGCCUAUCGAGCGUACAUAGAGACCCUACUGAAUUACGCACCUCACGCUGUGACGUUACUUUUCGGGGUGCGACCUUUCACGCCACAAAUGAUUUCAAGAUUUAUUAUAAUGAAAAUGCGAUAUAGGGAUGUUAAGAAUAUUAAAUGA